AUGGAGAAACAAUCAACCCAGGCCCAUCCAUCCCAGGAUCCUGACGUCGAGGCAAGGACACAGGCCCUUGAUUUUCCAAAGGUCGAACCGACGACAUCGAUCGGAACAUCACUCGCUCCAACCGAGUCCGACCCCCAUGGCACUCGUCCAGCCUGUUUCAGCAGUUUCUUUCAGGAAUGCCUCUUUGUUCUUACUACGACAAUCGCUGUGGGACAGAGUUCCAUCUUCACCGGGGCCAUUCUCUGCUUGACCAACUCAAUCGGCGAAGACCUGAAUAUGACAGCAGCCGAAGUGACGUGGAUUAGUGCAGCCCAGACCCUCGCAGCGGGCACAUUCUUGCUAUUUUUUGGCCGGGUGGCGGAUUUGUUUGGAAGGAGACUGCUCUUUCUUUGCAGUCUGGCCUUUUUCAGUAUCUGUCUGCUCAUCACGGGCUUUGCCACCAAUGCCUACUUUCUGGACAUCUUCUGUGGUCUUCUUGGUCUUAGUUCGGCAGCUUCUGUUCCUCCGGCCAUUGGCAAGCUGGGGGCGGUUUAUGACAGACCGAGUCGACGAAAGAACAGAGCAUUUGCCUGCUUUUCCGGAGGCAAUCCGGUUGGUUUCGUGCUUGGAGCAUUUAUCAGUGGAGUGACGAUGCAGGUUUCCUCCUGGAGAGCAGCUUUCUGGGUCAUGGCGGUGAUUUAUGCUUUCUUCUUCUUUGCCGCGCUGUGGACAACCCCUCCGGACAGCGAACAGAGCCUCGGAGGGCUCAACAUGGACACUUUCCUGAAAUUCGACCUUCUGGGAGCCCUCCUCGCUGUUAGUGGGAUUGCCAUGUUCACUGCCUCCCUGACUCUGGCAGGUGACGCGCCACAUGGAUGGCGGACACCCUACGUGAUUGCCUUGUUAGUGGUUGGGCUUGUCCUGAUCGCUGGCUUCAUCUAUUGGCAAAGCGUAUUCCGAUACCCACUCAUGCCGCUGAGGGUCUGGAAAGAUCGCAACUUCACGCUGGUGGUGGCCGUGCUCUGCCUUGGGUUUUACGGCUUCGCUGGGAAUCUCUUUUGGUUAUCUCUACUCUGGCAAAGGAUCAACCGGCUGUCACCGCUGAUGGUCGCCGUCCACCUUCUUCCAGCGGGAAUUGGAGGAAUUCUUGUCAACAUACUGGCAGCAAUGAUCAUGCACCGAGUGUCAAACCGGGUGAUCAUGAUCAUUGGGGCUGUGAGUGCCGUGAUCGCUUCUGCACUUUUCAGUGCGCUGUAUACGUCCAUCUCGUUCUGGGCUAUUGCGUUUCCAGCACUGUUAUUCAGCGUGCUGUCGCAGGACCUGGAGUUCACCGUCACCAACAUGUACGUCAUGUCGUCUCUUCCCAGUGAACAGCAGUCGGUGGCAGGAGGCCUGUUCAACACGGCGACCCGGCUUGUUGCGACGGUUGGGCUGGGCAUCCAAACGAGCAUUUACAACACCGCUGGAGGGGCUGCCCAAGGGCCAGGAGCUGUGAGGUAUCGGCCAUAUCAAGCGACAUUCUGGGUGUCUCUAGGGGGUGCGGUUCUGGCAGUAUUCUUGGUACCGUUCUUGACCAUCGGGCGUCAAGGAGGGCGGAAAAAGCAAGCUAAUCGGGGACACCAGGAUUAA